GGACAGGCCAAUAAAAUCAGCUUGCAGCUCGGUUUGUUUGUUGCAUAACCACACUGCAGGUCCACAGCGGCAACCAGUGCAGGUUCACCUCCGCUCAUCGGUUUACCUCUUCACAAUGGCAGCUCCGAAGAAAGUCUGCAUCAUUGGCUCUGGAAAUUGGGGUUCUGCCAUCGCCAAGAUAGUGGGUGCCAAUGCUGCUCAGAAUUCCAAAUUCGACGACACCGUAAAAAUGUGGGUGUUUGAAGAGUCGGUGAACGGGCGCAAACUAACUGAAAUUAUAAACACUGACCAUGAAAAUGUGAAGUACCUUCCUGGCCACAAGCUACCAGCAAAUGUGCUUGCUGUCCCAGACCUGGUAGAGGCGUCCAGUGAUGCAGACAUCUUGGUGUUUGUGAUCCCACACCAGUUUAUUGGGAAAGUGUGUGAAACCAUGAAGGGCAAGAUAAAGGGUGAUGCACUGGGGAUUUCCCUCAUCAAGGGUGUUGAUGAGGGCCCUGAUGGACUAAAACUCAUCUCUGAUGUGAUCCAGGAGAAGCUCGGUAUCACCAUGAGUGUGCUGAUGGGGGCCAACAUUGCCAAUGAGGUUGCUGAUGAGAAGUUUUGUGAGACCACCAUCGGAUGUAAGAAUAAAAACCACGGUGCUCUCCUAAAGGAACUCAUGCAGACCAACAACUUUCGAGUUACUGUAGUAGAGGAGUAUGAUGUGGUAGAAAUCUGUGGAGCCCUGAAGAACAUUGUUGCGGUUGGAGCAGGUUUCUGUGAUGGUCUGGGCUUUGGAGACAACACGAAGGCAGCAGUAAUUAGACUGGGCCUGAUGGAGAUGAUUGCUUUCGCCCGCAUUUUCUGCACUGCCGGGCCCGUGUCCUCUGCCACCUUCCUGGAGAGCUGCGGUGUGGCUGACCUCAUCACUACCUGCUACGGUGGCCGCAACCGUAAAGUAGCCGAGGCUUUUGUGAAGACGGGAAAGUCCAUUGAGGAGCUGGAGAAAGAGAUGCUGAAUGGUCAGAAGCUGCAGGGACCAGCAACAGCAGCUGAGGUUUAUCUCAUCCUCAAGCACAAAAACCUCAUUGACAAGUUCCCACUGUUCAAUGCAGUGUAUCAGAUCUGCUACCAGGGCCAUCCAGUCACAGAGUUCAUAAGCUGUUUGCAGAACCACCCAGAGCACAUGUAAAAAAAACCCCAACUCACAAAGUGCCUUCUAAAGGGAGAACAUUACCACUUUUCAUCUGUUACCUGUCAGAAAUAGAUGGAGGAUGAUCCGACACUCCACAGCUGUCAUGCAACUAAACGUCUCCAGCCCGUGAGUGCAGUUCAUGUUCACUCAUCGGAGAGGUUGCAUAACAUUUGUGUGUGUUCGACCACUUUGUCAUUCAGUUUCUGACUUUUUUUUUUUUCUUUCAUUUCCUGAUACAUACUGAACAUUGUGGCGAGUAUAUGAUGGUCCAGUAGCACUUUUUUUUUUUUUUUUGCCUGAGAUAUUUUUUUAGAGCCAGAUUAAAUCAGAAUGCAUGGUGUCAGUUUUUAGACACAAGCCAAAUUGCAACACUAAUAUAAGAAGUCCAGACUUCACUGGCUAUUAGAAUUUAAUGGAAAACAUGAAGAUUAACUCAUGUCUUUGUUGACCCUUAAAUGCUAUUGAGUUACUAACAUAUUUGCACAAUGUUUAUAUGGCACUACAUCAUGCAUUCAGAUUUUCACAGGGCCAACCACUCAGGGCAAAGACCUAUUGACAGCCUUCUGUAGAGGGAUUUAUCCUCAUCUAACAUUUAUGUUGCCGUGCUGUGAAUGCCAUGUCCAUCACACGUUCUUUGAUUAUAGUUGUAAUGCCUAACUUUGUUAUGUCUUUAUAUGCUCUAAAUGUCUUAUGUAAUCAUAAUUCACUAUAUUUCCUGUCAUGUACUGUAUUAUUAACAUCCUGUCAAUCACACAGCAACUGUUUUUAAUAUAACAAUGCAAGUGCCUUAGAAUGCACGGUUGCUAAAUUUUGGCCAUUCUUUUUUUCUUUUUUUUGGUCAAACCAAAGACUCCACUACUUAACGUCCGUCCACUACGCCAUUUGUUAUUGUGAUCCUGCCUGACCCUGUUCUUACUCACUAAUGCGUGUUGCAGAUUAUGUCAACAUUAAGUCUGUGAAUAAAUUAAUUCUCUCAUCA